CAGAUUGAACAAAUACUUUGUACUACAAAAUAUCAUUGAGAAAGUCACCGAUCGAUUAUGCAGAGAAAUUGUCUUUCUAUAUUAAAAUAGUAUCAACAUCCGAGUGAAAAUAGAAUGAGUGCCAUUACGUUAUCCACGUUGCACGCUUGCAAGAAGUUGUGUGCAUCACUUCAACGCAGAUUUGUUUCAACGAAAACAGAAAAUACGGAAUAGCCCUGUUGUUUAUCACAACCAAAGAUUGAUUUAUCGUGAUUUUUAUGUUUACAUGUACAACACAUGAAAAACAUCUGUUUUUUUUAUUGGUCUGCUUCAUAAGAUUGUUUUCCAAUUGAACCAUUUCCGAAGGCAAAAUAAUUGUUAUCCAUGUCGUCAAUAGGAAAUCAAUUACUUGUUCACCUUUCAAUAUAUUGGGGUAAAUAAAUUGCCUUCUCAUUACGGUCGCGAUUGUUGGUGGCUGCGAAGAAUCACGAUAAUGUUUACGUCCAACGGUGGACGAAGUGAUAAACGUAACUUUUCCGGACCAUACUGGAUUGAAAAUAAUUUUGGGUUCAGCGAUAAGAAAACUCGAUAACAAAUUUCAUGGUACGACGACAUCGCAUGUAGGUCAUUUUCCUAUUGUACAAUUCGAGACAAUUGUGUACAAUCGUCUCAACUGAGAUGUCAGUUGCGGACAGUUUAGAGGAGCUGUACAAAUUCAGUGUAGUGGACUAUGGUGUCUUCUCGUCGAUGCUUAUCCUGUCGACGGCUUGCGGAAUAUAUUUUGGCUUCUUCAAACGCACCGUCGCCAGCACUCCGGAAAGCAGUGACGACGAGUGUGGCCCAAACCGGGUUAGCGAUGGCAGCAGACGCAAGCGAAUGUCAACGUUCGGUUCAUCAACCAUGGACGAAUAUUUGCUGGGAUCACGAAAGCUGAAGGCGUUCCCCGUGGCGAUGAGUCUGGUGGCGGGUUACAUAUCGGGGGUUACCAUAUUAGGGACGCCAGCGGAGAUAUACAAUUUUGGCACCCAAUAUUGGCUGAUUAUUGUGCCAAUAGCGUUGAUGGGACUGGCAGUAUGUACGAUCUAUUUACCGGUUUUUUGUUCUCUGAAGUUGAAUUCGUCGUAUGAGUACCUUGAACUACGAUUCAACUCAUCUGUGAGGUCAAUAGCUUCCGUGAUGUUCGUAUUUGACGAGUUGUUUUUCAUGCCGAUGAUAAUAUACGUCCCAGCUCUGGCGUUCAAUCAAGUUACUGGCUUCGACCUUCACAUAAUAGGAGCAAUUGUCUGUAUUGUUUGCAUAUUCUAUACACUUUUGGGCGGAAUAAAAGCGGUCGUAUUCACGGAUGCCUGGCAGGUGGUAGUAAUGUUCAUUUCCGUUGUUAUUGUGGUUAUUCUGGGUACGAUCGCAAUAACUGGUCCGGAAACUAUUUGGGAGCGAUCAAAGCAAGGAGGACGAAUCGAGUUCUUCGACAUGAACCCAUCGAUGUUCGAACGUCAAACGUUCUGGAGUGUUUUGAUCGGGGGCUUCUUCUAUUGGACCUCGUUCAAUUCCGUGAACCAGACAAUGGUUCAACGUUACAUGUCGCUUCCAAACUUGAAGAAGGCAAAAUUAUCCAUCGGAAUGUUUACCAUCGGUAUGGGGGUGUUUGUAUCGAUGUGCUGCUACGCUGGACUUUUGAUCUACGCUCAGUAUUAUCAGUGUGAUCCAAUGGCGGUGGGGUUGGUGCGUACCGACGACCAGCUGUUUCCCCAUUAUGUGAUUGAAGUCGCUGGUCAUCUGCAGGGAAUUCCCGGGUUGUUCAUUGCCGGUAUAUUCGGUGCCGCUCUCAGUUCCUUAUCCGUGGUGCUAAAUUCCACAUCAGCAGUAUUAUUUGAAGAUAUUCUCAAGGGUCUCUUCCGGGUGAAUCCGAGUCCUUUUAUGGCGAACGUGUUCGUGCGAAGUAGCGUGAUUGUUCUUGGAUUGGCUGCUAUGGGAUGUUUGUUUAUUAUCGAAAAACUGGGUGGAAUUUUAAGUGUUGCCACUUCACUAUCAGCUAUCGCUGCUGGAACAACAUGUGGUAUCUUCACGCUUGGAAUGCUAGUCCCAUGGAGCAAUUCGGCAGGGGCACUUGUAGGUGGGGUCGCCGGUGCGCUGCUCUCCGGUUGGGUUUCGCUAGGUGCACAGUUGGUCAGCGCAAAAGGUGACAUUGUACCUCAUCGACUUCCGGUAUCGGUUGACGGUUGUCCGGAUAAUUUCUUUGUGAAUAGCUCAAUCGUUAACCCGAGCUAUCCUGAUGAGUCAGACGUGUUCCCGUUGUAUCGUCUAUCAUACCACUGGAUCACACCGAUUGGGGUGUUGACCGUGAUGGUAGUGGGCACAAUUGUCUCGUUUUUGACUGAGCCAAGAAAUCUAAAGGAUAUUGAUCCUGAACUGAUUUCUCCUGUGAUACAUCGGUUUCUACCGCAAGAAUCUUUUGGAAACUAUGGAUCAGCUAGUAAGGAUGCACCUUUCCAUACUUCGGAGGAAAUGCGGUCGAGACACGGAACGGACUUAACGAGUGGUAAACAAAAACGAUCUCAUUGAUAACUCGUCCUAGUACUUAACGACAAACCCAGAGUUAUGAAUGAACCUUUACUUAACUUGAAAUUAAUGGAACUGGAACAUAGAUGUAAUACAUGCAAUCUCUGCGAGUAGCUGCUUACCUAGAAAUAGUUUAAAUUAUACGUAUAGAACCAACGUAAAACACUGUGCUGUACAAAUAGAUACUAUUAUUUUAAAUACAAAAAAAUGGGUUAUACCGAUAAGUGUUUGAGGUUUGCACUUAUUACAAAGAUAGGUACAACGUGCUAACAUUUGUGUAACUGCCUGUGAUACAAUCAAAGAAUUGUUUAGGAUGUAUGUGGUUAAAUGAUAUUUUUAUAUCGUCACUUUCUGAAGUGAAGUAUGAAAUUUUGAAUAAAAUUUGUACGGAAUGGAAA